AUGCGCAUGGAUGGUGAGAGAAAGAUCAUGCAAGUUUUAGCAAAGAACUUCAAGCAAAGUCCUGCAGGAGAACCGUUGAUUGAUAUUCGCAAGGGCCACGCCAUUGUCUGCAUCAAGUUGAACUGCUAUUGUGAUCACCACAACGAACAGGAGGGGUUCGUUGUACGGAUGCAGACGUCUCCUGAAGUUGUGCGCAUGGGCGGCUCAGUCAAGUUGCGCAUUUGUUGCGAGGCUCGCUCUAAAACCGGAAACGCAGAGCAGGACGCUGAGGAAGAAGAUGGACUGACGGAUAUUGAUGCACCCGUCUCCACAGGUUCUCGGUCUCCUGCCAUGGUCCCUAAUGAACAGAUGCUGCAGAGUCCAUCCCUGAGUCAUGCUAGCUCGAACAGCUCGCUGGUAAAGGGACAUCAGCGCACCCCUUCGACCAACUCGAGCUCAAUGGCUUCCCCUAGGUCGAUGGAUGAGCGCGUGAUCAACUCCUUGGCGGUCGGCAAUAUGGGCUAUGAGAACGGAAUAAUGAACGGCCAUCGCAGCAACAACAGUAACGGAGGCAUGAACGACCGUGUCAUUGCGCCACCAAAAUUUCGUCAGAUCUAUCCGCUCACCCCGAGCGAGGGAACGGUCCUCGGAGGCACCCGAGUCACGAUCCAUGGCGCCCACUUCGAUGUGCUUCAGAACCCUGUUGUUUAUUUUGGCAAAGUCCCAGCAGAGUUGGUGACGAUCUCCCACCAUGAUGUGAUGGAGUGCACUACUCCUGCAGCAGAGAACCUGAAGCCGGGCAUCGUCGCCGUUCAGAUUGUAUCCUUGGCGUUCCCUUUGAGUGCACAAACAGACAGCGUGGAUUUCAUGUACAUGGCGCCGCCAGACUACGAUUUUUGCAAUUUGGCUGCCCAUUCCUUGUCGUACGCCAUGGCCAACGAAUAUCCGCAGGACAACAGCUUGGCCUUCCUUCUGAAUGGACACGGGGCAGGAGCGGGUAUUAAUCUCGGAUUGUUGGACGAUGGAACAGCGUUGGUCGGCAAUGACAUCGAUGUUGGUUUUGCAUUUUCGCUAUCGGCCAAAGAGGACAUGGCGCUCGAUUUCUUGCGCACUAUCCAAAGUUUGGCACCGGGCCGCAUCCUGCCUUCAUUUAGGAACGACUCGGGGCAUACAUUACUACAUUUUGCCGCUCAAUCUGGCAUGACCAGAUUAGUGCGGGAGUUGCUGGCCAUGGGCAUUGAUCACACAACUUUGGAUAGGAAUAACAAGACUGCGCUUCACUUUGCUCGCAUGAUCCACAAUGAAGAGAUCGUCCAAAUGCUCGCCCAGGCCAGAGUCCCACCUCGCCCCAUGGUACCGCGCCUGGAUUCAGAGGAUAACAAUCGCAAUACACGAAAGGAUGCCGUGGCGGCAUUGAUCCGUAGAUACGAGGAGGAUCUGGUCAGGGUCGUGAAGCAGGAACGACACCAUAGGCACCGGAUGCUUACAGAGAUGAGAGAUCGGACAGCGCAUAUCAUGGACCUCAAGGACCAAGCUACCAUGAAUACAACCUCGCACACCUUAUCCCAUACUUCUGAUUCAGCCACUACAGAUGCUAUAGGACACGAGCAUCACCAUCAUAACUCGAGGAUGACGGCAGAGGAUACAGAAGAAGACGACAUCAUGGUAGAUGACAUGUCGAACCCGUCUUCGCCCGAGGGAGGUAGAUCUCAGGACGGAAGGAUGGACUGGGAUGACGAAGGAAACGAUCGAAGCGAGACUGACCAUGAGCGCAGGCGAAAGGCGAAAGAGGAUCCCGGGGGAUCCCAGGAAUCCGGUCGGAAGUUGUCCAGAGAGCAGCCCACACCUCCCGCUGCUUCAGCACGCUUGGCUGCUAGGCCUAGCACCCUAGCACCAACUCAGUUGGGAGACAUCCAGGAUGGAGCGAGCCGUUGGGAAAAGUCCAGAAGCAUGGCCUUGUUUGGGCACACAGGGGAACUCUCUAAACAGAUCGGAUUCCAGUCAUGGUCCUGCGACAAAUGGUCUGUCUCAUCCUUAAAAGAUGCCUCCACAGAGUCUACCCUUGCUGAAAUGGCAUCAUCCACCCAUGAUGGCGUCCUUCAUGUGCUGGCCUUGACAGGUACAGGUCUACACCAUUACCAAGAGCAGUCGCCAUCAGUACCGGGUGUGUUUGCCAGAAACCUUGAGCAUUGGAGUUUGCUUGAAGUUGAGGAUGUGCAUUUUAAUGCAAAGGGCCAAUCUACGGUUGUCAAUAUUGAUAUGUGCGGACUGGUAGCACGGGGCGGCAGGGGCAUUAUCGGAGAGCGGAUCCGUGUGGAGCUUUCCAAGAAUGACGCGCAAGAUCUUAUGGAUACUCUCAGACGAGCCCAUAGUGGGCUCAUGCGCCACCUGAACUUGCAUCCGAAGUUUGAGAACGCUUCGGAUAGCACGGCUCGGCGACAAGAGGUGGAGAAGAGCGAGGAAUGGAUCGACUCAACACUUCGCCUGUGGGGUAGACUGUUCAACAUUGAGGAUCAGGCCCUCAAAUCUGUCGAUUACUCGAUUCGUCACGGAACAUUCACCUUGAAACCUGUUCAGGAAGGUAGGAGGGGUCACUCUAUUUUCAUCAUGGGUGCGAUCAUGCGUAUGCUUCGAGAGUACGACCAAUGCUCCAAAGUUCGGUUCGAGAAUGUACGGGUACUCGAGGACGGAUGGAACAAGCCAGAGUUGAUCAACGAGCUCGAAAAGAUGACGCGGGAGAUGAAGCAGAUUGAUCGGUGGAACUUUGCGGGCUGCGGCUGGAGCUCGGAAACUGCGAAGGGAUUUCUGGGCGGAUUCACGAGAACGUACUAUGCGGAGACAGGAACGGAUCCAGAUCGCGAACCUUGUAGGCGAAUCUCCUUGGCCAGGAAUGACUUUGAAGGCGAAGAUACCGUUGGCUACUUGUUAGCGAGAUGUCUGGGAGAAUGGCGACAGUUCAAGACGCUGGAUCUUACAGACUGCAACAUUGGUCUUGCGGGCAUGGAGGCCCUCGUCAACAGCCUCCAGAAUAUGUUUACGAUUCGACUGCAGGGUAACAGAGUCGAUGACCGCUGGUGGCAAUGGGUAGACACGCUACUGGCAAAAAAUCAAACGUUGCAAAAGUGUCGUCUGGGCGCCCCGAUUCGUCCUCCAGCUACAGAUAGGAGCCUGAUCUAUGCGGAGCGACUCUCCACGCUGCAAGACCUCGCUGUAUUGGAUCUCUCUACUACCCCUGUCAAUCACGCCACGAUCGCUGUUUUGAGCUCAUUUGUGUCCACCCAUGGAGAGCUGAUGACGCUUGCUUUGACACGCUGCCAGCUUGACUGGACUAGCGUUGUGCCCUUAUUCAAGACUCUCUGCGCGGUGAACAAGAGCACCAAGUUUACGCUUGAUGUCAGUCAAAACCCGCUCUUUGACUCGGAAGCAUCGCUUUUGGGUUGGAUUCAAGUUCUCGCUAAGGAUGGAAGGAGGGUUGAUGGGACACCGUUCGGUGUCAAGAUGCAAGGCCUCAUCAUCCGGGACGCUGUCUUGCGGCGGGCACUCGAGCCAUUGGAGGAGGCCACUUGUUUGAAUGAGUUCAACAUUAAGGGCAUGCUGAUUAAGCGCGAGAGCCAGGCAGCAGAACUGGAAGGUCUAGCCUAUGGGGAAGCAAGCGCCAGGAUCAGGCCUGAGGAUGCAUCUGACGAAACUUGUCUCGGCCUCGGACGUGUGCUGUCCAGGAACAAGACUCUGGUCAUGAUGGAUAUCUCGGGUACAGAAAUCAAGCAGCAAGUUCAGGAACAGACAGGCAGCAGCACAGCGCCUGCCAAUGCACGCAAGAACGUUGUGGCAAUCGGUCGUUCGACCGGUGGAUUCGGACGACAGGUGUCGCUGGCCUUCUUAGCACUCGCGGAGAAUGACACGCUUCGGGUGUUGUCCAUGGACCAUAACCGGUUUGGAGAAGAUGGCAUGGUGCUGUUGGCGGAGGCACUGAAGUCGAACACUGGUAUCGGUGUUUUGUCAUGCGACGGUAACGAUGCCUACACCCACAAAGCAUUGAAGGCAAUCGAGAAUAUUCUGCCUCCGUUCGAGCUCACUCCCACCUUGGCACCGUCGCCGUCUUCUAUGGCUUCGACUCAGACGAGGACAUUCCAGGGCACAAUGGAGGAAGCGCAGGCGGCCGGGUACAACAGCACGCUGUCGUUGUGGAUACUCAAGUCAGACGAGAUUCUGAUGCAUCAGGACCUUCUUUCAAUGGAGGUGGAGCGACUGUUGACAGAUCUGCACCGAAUCGAAAAACUGCAGGCAUGCAGCCGCGAACAAGAGGGAAAGUUUAAUGCAGGAGGGAGCAUUAUUAGUGGCGCGACGCUGUUGGUGGAUGCAAAGGAGCGGCACGAAGGAGCAGUACGGAGUCGGGAGGAUUACUUCCACACGUACUCGAGGAUUGUUGGAGCUAUUGAGGAGAACAACAGGAGGACAAGGGAGGUCUAUGAGCGGAAGAAAAUGAUGGAGCAACAGGCGUCGUCUUUGUAG